AUGGACGAGAGGUCAAGGAUGAAGCAGCUGCUUCGGAGCACGGAGCAGCUUGUCGUCGAGCACAAGAUUCCUGAAGACAUGUUAGAGACGGUUUCAGGGCGAGUCAAGACUUUUCAUCUCACAUGGAAGGGAGCGAUAACAGGGAGGCUAGUCCAGUUCCCCAUUGAGAGGUUGAAGCCACUGACUAUCGAGAGGCUAGCAUGGGCUGGGUUGUAUUACCUUCCUGAUGCAAAGAUUGAAGAUCGGACAGUCUGCUUCAAGUGUGGGCGGGCGAUGUUUUCAUGGCAGUCCAACGAUGAUCCGCUAUACGAACAUGUCAAGUUCAACCCGAACUGCGAAUAUGUGCAGUCAAUAGGAGACGACAACUUCAAACUGGACCAUACGGACGCGUCAGCGUUGCGAGCAGAGGACGAGACAAGCGAGCGAGUCGAUGAGACUGAGACAGCAGAAGAGAAGAUUGACUGGAACUCUAUCACUGAAGAUCUUCCAAGAGAUGCCGUCAUUG